AUAAAUAGAGGAGAACUGCGUAGAUGGAGUGUCAGAACUUUAAGUGAUUCGAAAUAGAAACAAAAUGAAACUCCGGUCUUCUGUUUUCACAAUUCUUGCUCUGGUUUUAUCCUGUUGUCCAGAAUGGAGUACUGCACUGUUUUGGAAGUCCUGGAAGUCUGGCAGGGGACAUAGUGGUACUCAGAGCUAUGGAAGCAACUAUUAUGGCAGCUAUGGAUAUGGAAACCCAUCCUACGGAAGUUAUAGUUAUGGAAUCCCAAGCUCUGGGUAUGGAAGCUACGACUACAGCAAUUAUGCAGGAGGGUAUGGCUACAACUACCCAUCUUAUUCCGCGAACAAUUAUCCUAGGAAAGGAAGGAAGACAUCGGGUCAGCGACAGGGACGUACUUACUCCGAAAUAGCUAGAGUCCUAAAGCCAGAUGGCUAUGUGGGACUCGGGGGCUCUAGAUUUUUACCCCGGACACCUUUCUCCCCUCUUUGGGGUUAAGUUUCCGUAAUUAUCUUAAGAUCAUGUUCAUGUCUACAGUAUUAUCCAUUAAAAAAAUAAAACCAGCGAAAGUUACAUCUA